AGGGGCUCCCGAAAUGUAGAGGGCAGUACCUUCGUCCACGUGGUAAAUAUGAACUUUAUACGGGAGAGUCACGUUGUAUUUUAAUUUCGUCUCUUUUUAACGUUACAAAUAAUUAUUUUAUAAAGUUCGCCACUCGAUUAACAGGGCACGAUGUUGGCUCAUCUGAUUCUUGAAGAUGGAAUGAAAUUCACAGGCUCAUUAUUUGGAGCCGAAAGAAAUGUUGCUGGAGAAGUUGUAUUUCAGACUGGAAUGGUUGGUUAUCCCGAAUCCUUAACAGAUCCGUCUUAUUAUUGUCAGAUUUUGGUGUUAACAUAUCCUUUAAUUGGAAAUUAUGGAAUAGCAUCAGAUGAAGAAGAUGAAUAUGGAAUUCCCAAAUGGUUUGAAUCUAAGAGAAUCUGGAUUGAAGCUCUUAUUGUAGGUGAAUUAAGCGAUUAUUGUAGUCACUGGUUAUCAACAAGAUCUUUAUCGGAAUGGAUGAAAGAGCAUAAUGUUCCUGGAAUUCAAGGUAUUGAUACUAGAGAACUUACUAAGCGAAUUCGGAGCAAUGGAACUAUGCUUGGAAAAAUAGUGUUAGAGAAUGUGUCACCUACAUUGAUUCCCUUUUCUGAUCCCAAUAAAAGAAAUCUCAUUUGUGAUGUAUCCAUAAAGAAAAAGAAAUUGUAUAAUCCAAAUGGACAUCCACGUAUAACAGUAGUCGAUAUUGGUUUAAAAUAUAAUCAACUUAGAUGUUUACUGAAACGAGGAGCAAGAGUGGAAGUUGUACCUUGGGAUCAUUCAUUGAAUCCUGAUGAAUUUGAUGGGUUAUUUUUAAGUAAUGGUCCAGGAGAUCCAGUGUUUUGCAAGCAGACUAUCUCCAACAUUGCCAAGGUGUUAAAUUUUUCUAAGCCGAAACCUGUUUUUGGAAUUUGUUUAGGACAUCAAUUGUUAGCUCUUGCUAUUGGAGCAAAAACAUAUAAAAUGAAGUAUGGUAAUCGUGGUCAUAAUCAACCUGCUGUUCAUUUAAGAACAAAAAGAUGUUGCAUUACAUCACAAAAUCAUGGCUUUGCAGUUAGUACCGAUUCUCUACCCUUAGGAUGGUCUAUGUUAUUUCAGAAUGCAAAUGAUCAUACAAACGAAGGUAUUGUUCAUGACACUCUACCAUUUUUCAGUGUUCAGUUCCACCCUGAACAUAAGGCUGGACCAGAAGAUUUAGAAGUAUUAUUUGACGUAUUCUUUAAAUCUGUUGAAAAUCAUUUGAAGGGAACUACAAAAUUAUGCUUAAAAGAUUUAAUUGAUUAUUACAUGCAACCGAGAAUACCGGAGUCCAUUAAUUUGAAACCAGUUUUGAAACGUGUAAAUAAAGUUCUUAUUCUUGGUUCUGGAGGUUUAUCCAUUGGUCAGGCUGGAGAAUUUGAUUAUUCUGGUUCACAAGCCAUUAAAGCUUUAAAGGAAGAAAAAAUUAAAAGCGUGCUAAUUAAUCCAAACAUUGCUACUGUGCAGACAUCUCCCGAUCUUGCUGAUAAAGUGUAUUUUCUUCCUAUUACCAUAGAAUAUGUCACUCAAGUUAUAAAAUCUGAGAGACCAGAUGGUAUUCUUCUGACAUUUGGAGGUCAGACAGCUUUAAAUUGUGGAGUUGAAUUGGAAAAAGCUGGAAUUUUUGACCAAUAUAAAAUUCAAGUUCUUGGCACUCCCAUAACAUCUAUAAUUAGCUCCGAAGACAGAAAAUUAUUUGCUGAGAAAGUUGCAGAAAUUAAUGAAAGUGUUGUUCCAAGUGCUGCUGCAUAUUCUGUCCCAGAGGCUUUAGAAGUCGCAGAGUCAUUAGGUUAUCCAAUCUUAGUUAGAUCAGCCUAUGCACUUGGUGGAUUGGGAUCCGGAUUUGCAAACAAUCAAGCAGAAUUGAAAACUUUAGUAACUCAAGCGUUGGUUCGUUCUUCUCAAGUUCUAUUAGAUAAGAGUUUAAAAGGCUGGAAAGAAGUAGAGUAUGAAGUUGUAAGAGAUGCUUAUGAUAAUUGUAUUACGGUAUGCAAUAUGGAAAAUGUCGAUCCUCUAGGAAUCCAUACUGGUGAAUCAAUAGUCGUAGCUCCAAGUCAGACUCUCACAAAUGAAGAAUAUAAUCGUCUUCGCACAACUGCUAUUAAAGUGAUAAGACAUCUUGGAGUGGUCGGAGAAUGCAAUAUUCAGUAUGCCCUAAAUCCAAAUUCUGAAGAGUUUCAUAUUGUGGAAGUAAAUGCUAGAUUGUCUAGGAGUUCAGCACUUGCCAGCAAAGCCACCGGUUAUCCUUUGGCUUACAUUGCUGCAAAACUUGCACUGGGCAUAUCCUUACCAGAACUGUGUAACUCUGUAACAGGUUCAACUACUGCCUGUUUCGAGCCCAGUUUAGAUUAUUGUGUUGUGAAAAUACCAAGAUGGGAUUUAGGAAAGUUUGCAGGUGUCAGUAAUAAGAUUGGUAGCUCAAUGAAGAGUGUUGGCGAAGUAAUGGCGAUUGGUCGUAACUUUGAAGAAGCAUUCCAGAAAGCCCUUAGAAUGGUUGAUGAAAAUAUUGCCGGAUUUGAUCCCUAUAUCAAACAAGUAAAUGAUGAGGAAUUAGAAUGCCCAACAGACAAGAGAAUGUUUGUGGUUGCAGCGGCAUUGAAAACUGGUUAUUCUAUUGAUUGUUUACAUAAGUUGACAAGAAUUGAUCCUUGGUUUCUUUCAAAAUUACAAAAUAUAAUUAAUUAUCACAGUUUCUUAGAAAGUUUUCAAUCAAAGCCUUCUGGUUUAACAAAGGAAGUGAUCCUGAAGGCUAAACAACUUGGGUUUUCUGAUAAACAAAUUGCACAGUGUAUUGAGAGUACUGAACUAGUAGUUAGAAAGAUCCGUCAGACAAUGCACAUAACUCCUAAAAUCAAACAGAUUGACACCGUUGCAGCAGAAUGGCCCGCUAAGACAAAUUAUCUGUACUUAACUUACAAUGGAAUUUCUCAUGAUCUUCAGUUUCCUGGAGGAGCUAUCAUGGUCUUGGGAUCUGGAGUUUAUAGAAUUGGUAGUUCUGUAGAGUUUGAUUGGUGUGCCGUUAGUUGUGUUACAAAAUUAAGAAAAAUGGGAAGAAAAACUAUAAUGAUAAAUUACAAUCCAGAAACUGUCAGCACUGAUUAUGAUAUGUGUGACAGAUUAUAUUUUGAUGAAAUAUCUUUUGAGACUGUAAUGGAUAUCUACACAUUAGAGCAACCGGAAGGAAUAAUUCUUUGUGUUGGUGGCCAGUUGCCAAAUAACAUAGCAUUAGAUCUUCAUUUGCAAAAGGCCAGAAUAUUGGGAACAUCGCCCGAGUCUAUCGAUGGUGCAGAGAACAGAUUUAAGUUUUCUCGUUUACUAGACACGAUUGGAAUUUCACAACCACAGUGGAAGGAGUUGACAAAUCUAGAGACGGCAAAACAGUUUUGUGAAGAAGUUGGAUAUCCCUGUCUUGUCCGUCCCUCUUACGUUCUGAGCGGUGCUGCCAUGAAUGUGGCUCAUUCUCACCAUGAUUUGGAAAUGUAUUUGACAGAAGCUUCUGCAGUUUCUAAGGAACAUCCUGUUGUCAUCACCAAAUAUCUUGUUGAAGCAAAGGAAAUUGACAUUGAUGCAAUUGCAAUGGAAGGAGAACUAUUAUGCAUGGCUGUUUCUGAACAUGUAGAAAAUGCUGGUGUUCAUUCGGGUGAUGCAACUCUGGUUACACCACCGCAGGAUCUUAAUUCUCAAACAUUAUCUAAAAUCAGAGCUAUUUGUCAUGCAAUUGGAAGAGCACUGGAAGUGAAUGGGCCUUAUAAUAUUCAGUUGAUUGCAAAGGAUAAUCAAUUGAAAGUUAUUGAAUGCAAUCUCAGAGUAUCAAGAUCUUUUCCUUUCGUGUCUAAAACUCUGAAUUGUGACUUCAUUGCCCUUGCCACUCAAGUUAUAAUGGGUGAAAAGCCUGAAAUUAUGCCAGAUGUUAUGCUUGGUUGUGGAAGAGUGGGCGUAAAAGUACCAGUAUUUUCUUUUUCUCGUCUUGCCGGAGCUGAUGUUACUCUGGGCGUGGAAAUGGCCAGCACAGGAGAGGUUGCCUGUUUUGGAGAAAAUUGUUAUGAAGCCUAUCUUAAAUCAAUGAUCAGUACUGGAUUUUGCAUUCCCCAUCACACUAUAUUACUUUCCAUUGGAAGUUAUAAGCAUAAAGCAGAAUUGUUAGCAAGCGUUCGAACAUUGCAAAAGAUGGGAUACAAAUUGUACGCCAGCAUUGGAACAGCAGAUUUUUAUAACGAACAUGGAAUUCAGGUUGAAGGUGUUGAAUUACCAUUUGGUGACAUUAACCAGACGACAACGAAAGAUCAACUCACAAGUAUUGCUGAUUAUCUGUCACAAAAAGAAUUUGAUCUUGUGAUUAAUUUACCCAUGCAUGGUAGUGGUGCUCGUAGAGUUUCCUCAUUCAUCACCCAAGGUUACAGAACACGAAGAAUGGCUGUGGACUAUGCUGUUCCACUCAUUACUGAUGUGAAAUGUGCCAAGUUGUUAGUCGAAGCUCUUAGGUUAAUAGGUUGUUCUCCACCAAUCAAAACUCAUAUUGACUGCAUGACAUCACAUCAGAUUGUUAGAUUACCAGGAUUGAUAGACGUUCAUGUUCAUCUUAGAGAACCAGGUGCCACUCACAAGGAGGACUUUACUUCUGGUACGUCUGCAGCUCUGGCGGGUGGUUUCACCAUUAUCUGUGCCAUGCCAAACACUAAUCCUCCCAUUACCGACCAGACAACUUUGCAAUUAGUACAGGAGCUUGCCAAAUCCGGAGCCUGUUGUGACUAUGCAAUAUUUGCUGGAGCUUCACCCCAUAAUACGGAAAGUGUAAAGGAUUUAGGACGUUCUGUUGUUGGAUUAAAAAUGUAUUUGAAUGAUACUUAUGGACCAUUACAAAUUCAUUCUUUUAAUGAUUGGAUGAAGCCCCACAUACUUUGGAAGAAAAAUGUAGCAAUGACUCUCCCCCCGGAUUUCCCGAUUUUUGGUCUGCCUGACCAACCAAACACGUACAUAGAAGUUGAUCUAAAAGAAGAGUGGACCAUUCCCGAGAAACAGGCUUUCAGUAAAGCCAAGUGGACACCCUAUGCUGGAAGAAAGGUGAAGGGUCGUGUUAGACGUGUCGUAUUACGUGGAGAAGUGGCUUUUGUUGAUGGAAGAGUGCUUGUAGAAUCAGGUUACGGAAAAGACAUUAUAAAUACACAGUCAGAUGAUAUCCGCCAGUCCAGUUUCCAGCCUGUUUCUAACAUGUCGGAUUCGAGUUUAUUAAUUAAUAUUUUAAGUAAUUUCCCAAAUUAUAAAUUUGUUAUAGCCCCACAUACUUUGGAAGAAAAAUGUAGCAAUGACUCUCCCCCCGGAUUUCCCGGUCUAGAAAGUAUCGUUCCUUUAUUAUUAACGGCAGUUAAUGAUGGAAAGAUAUCAAUAGAGGAUCUAGUAAAUAAACUGUAUUAUAAUCCAAAAAAGAUUUUUGGUCUGCCUGACCAACCAAACACGUACAUAGAAGUUGAUCUAAAAGAAGAGUGGACCAUUCCCGAGAAACAGGCUUUCAGUAAAGCCAAGUGGACACCCUAUGCUGGAAGAAAGGUGAAGGGUCGUGUUAGACGUGUCGUAUUACGUGGAGAAGUGGCUUUUGUUGAUGGAAGAGUGCUUGUAGAAUCAGGUUACGGAAAAGACAUUAUAAAUACACAGUCAGAUGAUAUCCGCCAGUCCAGUUUCCAGCCUGUUUCUAACAUGUCGGAUUCGAGUAAAUUAGAUGAUUCUAUACACAAAGUCCAAACGAAACCCAAUUUUCCAAUCAAUGUGGACAUGAAGAGAAAAGAAAGUUUCAAAGUUCUUGCAACAGAAAUGUAUAGUCAAAUGUUUCAAGAAUUGGGCAUAAAGAAUUCCACUCCAAUGAAGAUUUCAGAAAAUAAUGUCGGCACCACACUGUCGCCUCUAUCUCAUCCUGCCAUCACCUCAAUCAAUCAUCCAUUUUCACAGAUAAAUAGUGGACUGCAAGGACAGCAUAUAUUAUCUGUGGAAUGUUUCACACGAGAUCAAUUGCAUGGACUUUUCAAUUUGGCACACAUAUUCAAAUUAUGGGUUCAAAAAGAUAGGUCGUUGGACCAUAUUUUGAAGGGAAAAGUGAUGGCUUCCAUCUUCUAUGAAGUGAGUACCCGCACCAGUUGCUCCUUCUCUGCAGCCAUGCAACGACUUGGCGGUCACGUCAUCCAGAUGGAUGAAUCCACGUCUUCUGUGAAGAAAGGAGAAACUUUGGAAGCUUCAGAUUCAAAAGAUCUGCCCACUCUGUCGCUGGAUGGGAUUGUACAAUUAUCAUUUUGUCAACAGGAAAUUCUUAAAGUUGCUAAUGUGUGUCAGAAACCAGUCAUUAAUGCAGGCGAUGGAACAGGAGAGCAUCCAACUCAAGCACUUUUGGAUGUUUUUACAAUACGAGAAGAGAUUGGAACUGUUAACGGGCUGAUUAUAACGUUGGUUGGAGAUCUAAAACACGGAAGAACAGUCCAUUCUCUGGCUCGUCUCUUAACCCAUUACAAGGUGCAGCUGAGAUAUGUUUCGCCUGAUAAUUUAAAAAUGCCAGAAAAUGUAGUAAAUUAUGUUUCUUCAAAAGGAAUUUCUCAAGAAGAAUUUUUCUCGUUGGAAGCUGCAAUCCCAGAAACAGAUGUAUUAUACAUGACUAGAAUCCAGAAAGAGAGAUUUACAUCAUUAGACGAGUUUAAUAAGAAAGAUUGCGAAAAUUUGCUAAAUCUGCAAACUGGGAAGAAACGUUAUCGCGUUAAUAAAACGAUUUUAAGGGUAAAAACCAAAGGCGACUUUGAAAUGUAUAGUCAAAUGUUUCAAGAAUUGGGCAUAAAGAAUUCCACUCCAAUGAAGAUUUCAGAAAAUAAUGUCGGCACCACACUGUCGCCUCUAUCUCAUCCUGCCAUCACCUCAAUCAAUCAUCCAUUUUCACAGAUAAAUAGUGGACUGCAAGGACAGCAUAUAUUAUCUGUGGAAUGUUUCACACGAGAUCAAUUGCAUGGACUUUUCAAUUUGGCACACAUAUUCAAAUUAUGGGUUCAAAAAGAUAGGUCGUUGGACCAUAUUUUGAAGGGAAAAGUGAUGGCUUCCAUCUUCUAUGAAGUGAGUACCCGCACCAGUUGCUCCUUCUCUGCAGCCAUGCAACGACUUGGCGGUCACGUCAUCCAGAUGGAUGAAUCCACGUCUUCUGUGAAGAAAGGAGAAACUUUGGAAGAUACAAUUACAGUUAUGUCAGGUUAUAGUGACAUUGUUGUUUUAAGGCAUCCUGAACCAGGUGCAGUUUUGAAAGUUGCUAAUGUGUGUCAGAAACCAGUCAUUAAUGCAGGCGAUGGAACAGGAGAGCAUCCAACUCAAGCACUUUUGGAUGUUUUUACAAUACGAGAAGAGAUUGGAACUGUUAACGGGCUGAUUAUAACGUUGGUUGGAGAUCUAAAACACGGAAGAACAGUCCAUUCUCUGGCUCGUCUCUUAACCCAUUACAAGGUGCAGCUGAGAUAUGUUUCGCCUGAUAAUUUAAAAAUGCCAGAAAAUGUAGUAAAUUAUGUUUCUUCAAAAGGAAUUUCUCAAGAAGAAUUUUUCUCGUUGGAAGCUGCAAUCCCAGAAACAGAUGUAUUAUACAUGACUAGAAUCCAGAAAGAGAGAUUUACAUCAUUAGACGAGUUUAAUAAGGCUUGCGGUCAUUUCGUCGUCACUCCCGAAUUAAUGACAAAGGCCAAGAAGAGAAUGAUCGUCAUGCAUCCUUUACCUCGAGUUUUUGAAAUCAGUCCCGAAUUUGACACAGAUCCUCGCGCUGCCUAUUUCCGUCAGGCGGAAGCGGGAAUGUACGUUCGAAUGGCACUCUUGGCCGUCGUUCUCGGUCGUUCUUAAAGCAUUUCAACGUCUUUUUAACACUUGUAUAGUUUACGCAUUCCAAAUUGCAUGUAAAUUUUACAAUUUUUUAUAACUGGGUACCAAUUUUCUAGCAAAACUAAUUUUCUAUUGGAUUUGUUACGAAACUUGUAUUGAAAUAAAAUAUUUUGUUAUUUGUAUUACUUUAAA